AUGUAUUAUCAUGAGCCAUUGCCUAUUCCCUUCUCUUCUCACAGCAGGGAAGCACAGCCUAUGGAAAGAUCGACACGCCAAUGCUCGUAUAGUGACGAUCUUCGAGAUGAGUGGGACGAGAUUGAGUGGGACGAGUCGAGUGUGGGCCUGAAGCCUGGCGGUGUCCCCAAAACGAUGUCAAGCUCCGAACAAUUUACUUCUCUUCACAUAUGCACGCAAGCUUCAAUCAUGAUCCAACCAACCAUUCUCCUGGCAAUCGCCAUGGCAAUAGCAGGCUAUUGCAGUGUCCUCUGCGCCACGCCCCCCAACACCUCCCCAGACCAAGAAGAUCGCCACCAAAACGAUCGCCUCAGCGUCGUGGCCGGGAAAUUUCCUAUAAUUGCGCGCCGAAUCACAAUCGCCGCAGCCAUAUAUCAGGCACUCUUGACUGCGUUCUCGCCCUACAGUGAUCGCGGGGGUCGGAUGUGUCCCCAGCCCCAACACUUGAACGGAGACCUCUUCACAUGGAAUGCGGUAACUAGCACAUCUCUUCUGCUGAUUUACGCUGGCGCAUUUAUGCGUGUCUCGGCCUAUGCUGGUCUUGGGAAAUCUUUUACUUUCCACCUUGUCGAGCCGGAUCAUUUGAUUACCACGGGUGUGUAUAAAUGGGUUCAGCAUCCGAGUUACACAGGUGCUGGCCUGGCUCUUAGUGGGGUAUUCUCUUUAUUUUUGCGAUGGGAUGCAGUGGCGGCAUGCUGGAUCCCAGAUGCGAUGUUUUCUCGAUUGCAGGGUUGGGGGCCGGGCACGGUCGCGGUGCUUUUGGGAGUGAUUUUCUGGGCGAUAUGGAUGAGGGUGAUUGAUGAGGAAAGGAUGCUGAAACAGACCUUUCAUCGCGAGUGGGAGGAUUGGCACCGAACAACGAAAAGGUUUAUUCCGGGUCUGGUUUGA